AUGAUGUCGUGGACGAGAGAACUUGACGAGGCAGCGGUGCUGGUCACCAGUAAAGGCAGAUGGCAUGUCCUGCUGUUCUAUCUUCUGUGCGGGCUGGCCGCGAUUCCGACCUCAUUCUUAGUCUUCUCACAGGUCUUCACGAACGCCACGCCACAGCACUGGUGCGCGCCACCACAUGAGCUCGGGGGCCUACAGCUGUCAGAGGAUCUGCUACGAAACUUGACGGUGCCAGAACUUGACGGGGUCUACGAGUCAUGCGUGGGCUACGCUGUAGACUCCAGGGCGGUUUUCGCCGCUCUACGGGACUACGUGGAAGAAAAGACCGAAAUACUCCACGAAGAUGGUGUGUUGAAAAUGAUAAAAACCCACCGCUUGGUGCCUGCAGAGGGAGUAGAAGAACGCAAGAGACAAAUUUCGCACAUAGUGGACGCGAUUACCUUGAUAAGGAGCAAACCGACGGCUUGUUUGAACGGCUGGAGGUUCAGCUCUGAGCAAUAUACGAGGACUCUUGUUACUGAGUAUUCCUUACUCAUGAUUUACCUGGAGGUGCCGUUGGCGAUAGCUGCUUCAUUCCCCACGUCGUACCCGGCUUACAUAGGAAUUAGAAUGGUCAGUGGACUGUUCUUUCCGGCCAUGUACCAGCUGCCCUUCAUUCUGGCCUUGGAACUGAUGCCACCAGCUCAACGGACAAACGCUGGUAUUGUGGUGGGAAUGCUUUUCGCUGCGGGGAUGAGCUUACUGGCGCUUAUAGCUUACGUUGCGCGGGACUGGUUCCACCUAUCUUUGGCCACCAGCCUCCCUUUCGUCUUCCUUUAUGCAUACUACUGGCUGAUACCAGAAUCACCAAGGUGGCUCGCCGGAAGAGAUCGAACAGUUGAGGCUGAGAAAGUUCUACGAGCAAUUGCCAAAAAGAAUGGAAUUGAUUUACACGCGGGUUUUUCUUUUGGAGAUUCACAAAAACCUCAAUAU